UCGAGGGUUUGUUUAUUCACUGUAAUGACUUUGUUUACCCUUGGAGUUAUAGGCCUAGGUUAUUUUGUGAAAGAUGAACAAGAUUUACAGCUAGAAACCGUUUGUACACGCGUAAAACGUUAAAGUAUUGCAUAGUUUAAUUUCGGGUUCUUCUCUCUUCGUCUGAUCCACGGUAUAUAGGUCAUAAUAUACUUACAGCAGUUUCAGAACGAUGAACGGAUCCGGGUGUUCAGUGUGUACAAAUGCGGUUGACCGUCCUGUCACGUGCAUUCCGUGUGGCCAUGUUUUCUGCGAGUCUUGUGUUGACCAAUCAGGGAGUUGUACUAAAUGCGGAGCGAAUAUCACAAGUGUGAAGAGGAUUUAUUUCAUUGAAAGGAACCUUUAUCAAGAUGGUGAACAACGUGGUCUUGGAGACGUCAUCCAGGCGAGAAUAGUGUGGGUCAGAGAAAAAACUGCCAACAUCAGACCAGAUAUUUGGGAAGAACUGCAGUCGUUGAAAGCUUUGAGUGAUCCGUAUGUUAAGAGACUGAGACAGCUGUCAGCCACGGCUCAAGCCCACUGGGUCCGGCUGAGCAGCUCGGUUCAGUUCUCUAUCUUCUUCCUGAUCGUGCUCAUUCUUGGCCUCGUUCUUCAAGAUGCAACCAACAAAGGCGGAGUCGUCCAGAGUUGUCUCCUCCCGUUGGUGGGGCUGCUGGCCGAUAUUGUCUAUCAACUAUCGAGUUGUCUUCUCUGCAUGCUCGGCCAGUUGGUCGUGUGUGUUGGACGAUGUUUACUGGAGGUAAUCUGCAUGCUAGGCGACGUUGUUGUCCAUCUGCUGUCCACAAUUUUCCUUAUUUCGAAGGAAUUCGAUUCUGUUCCAAAGAUGUGCGAAAGGGCCGUCUUCAAGCACAUUUCACAGCCGAUUAAAUCGUUUGCAGUAGAGAUUGCCACGGUGAUCAUCCGUCUGUUGUUUGUCUUGGUGCAGUGCUGCAUAAUGUUACACGCACCACCAAAAAUUCUUGAUACGUUUAUUAAGUUUAUUCCUUUGGCAGGGUCACUAAACCUAGCCGUAACCAUAACUCUAUGUAUUUUAAGUAUUUAUCAUUUUCAUUUACAGUGGACUCUGUCUAAACCGGAUUCUGUGUAAUCCGGAUCUCUGCGUAAACCGGUCCAUUUCUAAAGCCCCGUUCAGCUACCGUUUAUCUCUUAGGUAUAAA